AUGGCUCCUACAAGCGUUCCUAUGGAUCACCUUUCCCCAAAAGAAAAAAACAAACUGAGAAAACCAAUUGUGGAAAAGAUGCGUAGAGACAGAAUCAACAGCAGCAUCGAACAGCUGAAGGUUCUCUUGGAAAAGGAGUUCCACAAACAGCAACCCAAUGUCAAGCUAGAGAAAGCUGAUAUACUGGAGAUGGCAGUCAGCUACUUACAACAACAAAAAAAUCAACAUCAAACGAUCAGCGUUGAACGUUUACAACAGGAUUACAACCAAGGAUAUUCCUGGUGUGUUACAGAAGCAUUGCAGUUCCUGUGCCAUUAUCCAGAAAGUGGAGAGGCCCAGAAAAAGUUGCUUAACCACUUGACCGUGCCUCAAAAGGUUCCUGUCUUUCCUUAUCUUGCGUCUUCCAGCGAUUCAAAGCAAGCCACAGCAGCAAGCAGCCCAGCCAAGAUAUGGAGGCCUUGGUGA